AUGAUUGGAAGUCAGGAAGAAGAAGAUAUUAUGGAAAAAAACUUGGACAUGAGUAACAACAUAACUUUUGUAUUUGCAGUAAUGAUGUAUAUAAGUUGUGUGUUAUAUAAUUGCUUUAUGCCUCAUGUGAUACCUCUUCUAUUUAACAGUGAUGAUCGAAAUGCUUCUGAACGAAUAGUUAUUUUUCCUGGCUACAAUAGUGUAUUUGACGUCGAUUCAUUUCCGAUUUAUCAAAUUACUUAUGUUUUCCAUCAAUUAACUGCGUUAUCUACCUAUACAAUUCUUAUCACCUCUUGUAAUUUAAUAGUAGUUUUGGUUACUCAUGCUUGCAGCCAACUCCAAAUAAUUACGAAUCAAAUCGAUUCAUUGUUAAAUAAUUUUUCCAAAAAAGAAAAGUUUUCUUACACAAAAUUGUCAUUUACAAUCAGUCGUCAUGUCAGGGUGCUUGAAUUUUCGAAUAAUCUUCUGAAAAAAAUGAUAUUUGAAUUAUGCCUAAUCGAAGUUGGUGCUUCUUCUAUUCUUCUUUGUAUAGAUGAAUUUUGCAUGCUAGAAAAAAAAGAAUUCGCAAAUAUGACAUCUUAUAUCAUGAUAUUUUUUUCUUUAAGUUUAAACGUACUUAUAGUAUGCUAUUUUAGCGAACUUCUCGAGGCUCAGGUAUUUCCUGUAUAUAUAUAUAUAUAU